CGACGGCACCUUCAUAUUAUCGUUCAAGCGGAGCGCCCGCAUAGAAAGUUGCCGCACGGCCGUUUUCUCUUGUUCGUUCUUUCCCUUCCCCUCUGCCGGGAGUCCGAUAAAAAAACUUCAAAACCCUAGGGUUAGCGUUUUCCUGUCAUUCAUUCCGCGCCAAGAAGGAUCCCCCGAUUUCGUGCCCUCCACCAGCUCGCGAGCUUCAAUGGCGGCCGCUUCGGCGUCGGCCUCCACCGCUCUCUCCCUCAAGGAUUAUCUCAAACGGUACGAAUCCGGCGCCGACGACCAGAAGAAGAAAAAGAAGAAGAAGAAGAAGCAGAAGGAGAAGCCCAAGUCCGACGCCAAGGGGGGAGUUCGCGUCCUGGACGAAGACCCCGUCUGGCAAAAGCCCGUCCAGAUCGAAGAAGAAGAGGAAUCCGAUUCCGCUGGCGAAGAAAAACCCCAAAUUGAUGAGGAUAUAGAAGUCAAACGCAUGAAGAGGCUCGAAGCAAUUCGAUCCCGGAGGCCGUACCAUGCGAUUUCUGAAGAUGGGAGCGGUUGGGUCUCGAUUUCCGACCCGUCGAAGCCCUCGAAUGCUGCCGAGGGCGGCCGAGAUCUUUCCCCGCCGCGACAGCGUCAUGCCCGGUUCGACACGCCCUCUCCUGAGUCCAAACAGCGGCCUUUGGAUGCAGAAAAUGCUGAUCUUUCGCCUCCACGGCAGCGACGGAGGCGGUUUGAUUCGCCAGAGCCUGAAAGAAAGAUGUCUGGUAUUGGGGAAGCUGACAUGUCGCCGCCUCGAAGGCAAUCUACCGAAGAUCACUCCCCUCCACGGCGGGCUCGGCGGCGUUCGCCGGAGGUUGAGGCAUCUCGAGGCUCCCCAAUUGCCGACCUUUCUCCGCCGCGGAGAACCAGGAAGAGCUCCCCGGAGGACUUCUCCCCUCCCCGCCGGGAUCGUCGCCGCUUGCAGGAACCUGCUGACAUUUCUCCUCCUAGGAGAAGUCGGAAGGUUUCACCGCGUGACAUCUCUGCACCACGUAGGGCUCGUUCACCGGAUGCUCAAGGGCCACGCCAGUCUCCUGCUAGGGACCUUUCUCCUUCGAGAAGAAGUCGUAAGGAUUCGUCAGUUGACCUCUCUCGACCACGCCGGGUUCGUCAGCGCUCGCCUGAUGCUGUAAGGCGUCAGGGGUCUCCUGCUGCCGACCUUUCUCCACCAAGAAAAAGUAGAAAGCAGUUGUCUUUGGACAACGAAGCACGCAGGACUGGAUUGCUUUCAGCUAAGGAAAUAAAAGAUGAGAUCAACCAGAAAAAGAAGGAGGAACUAUCGAGGUUUGCUUCCAUGGAUCCUUCUAUGAGCGGGAGAGGUGCAGCACCCGUGUUUCGUGAUGAGAAAGGAAAACGCAUUUCAAAGGAGGAGUUGUUGAAAUCAAAGGAAGAAGAGAAACCGAAGGAAAAAAAAUUGGAGUGGGGCAAAGGCUUAGCACAGAAACGAGAAGCUGAAGCUAGGGCACAAGAGUUAGAACUUGAGAAGGAUAAACCUUUUGCACGUACUAGGGAUGACCCAGAGCUUGAUAAGAUGUUCAAGGAGAGGAUCAGAUGGGGAGAUCCAAUGGCACACUUGGUCAAGAAGAAGAACCCAGAGUCUGUUUUGGAAGAUCUUGGUGAUGAUGAGAAAAUGAAAGAAUCUGGUUUUAUAAUUCCUCAGACUAUUCCCAGUCACAGCUGGAUAAAACGUGGAUUAGAUUUUCCUCCAAAUCGUUACGGCAUCAGACCAGGUCGUCAUUGGGAUGGAGUUGAUCGUAGCAAUGGUUAUGAGAAGGAAUUGUUUAAGAGACAGAAUGAAAAGCGAGCCACCGAGAGGGAAGCCUAUCUUUGGUCUGUUUCUGAAAUGUAAGUACUCAAAUCAAGAACAAUCAGACCAGAUGAAGUCCUUCCUCAAAUACCUGUCUGCAGUGAAGACCAACACAGGUAUCAGAUCCAUUGUCAUCCCCCAAGUUCCCAUGAUGGCGAUGUGGUGGUCGCUUGAAUGAUUUUUUCUUGAUCUUGGGUGAAUGAUGCUGCUGGCAAAAUGUUCUUAUUAGCUUCAUGAAACAUAUUCCUCACACGAGGCACUGUUUUAUGUCCUCAUCCUGGAGCAAAGGAAUAUCGGGCCCCCUACUCCAUUGUUUCCAAAUGUGAAACUGGGUCAUCUUUAUCAGCUGUACACCAUUUAAUAUCUGUAAAAUGUUCAUGAAUUUUGGAUAAAAUCACAUCUUGGGCACCCAUUGAUUGGCAUUUUACAA